AUGGCCCAAGCGCACGAGCUUAGGCACAGCAUCAGGAGCGUUUCAUCACCCGAAUCCAACGCCAAGCAGAUCAUCCUUCCCGCAGACACCUUCGCAGCCAUGGUUAUGCUCAACCCUUUCCAGCUGUCGACUUACAUUGUUGGAAUUACCACAGCCAUCUACGUCACCAUCAAUAUCUUUGUUCUCGUCAAGUUUUCCGUGCGCACCAAGAUCAUUCCCCAGCUGUUGUUUGCGUCGGUGUUCAUUGGCCUGAUCGAAAGCCUAUGCAACGCUUAUGCCUUUGCGCUCGAGCCCGACGACUGCACCCAUCACUGGGUUGCGGCUUUUGCAUACUGGCUCUCUCUUCUGUUCUCUGAUGCCUUUGUUUGCUACAAGUGCUGGAUCUUUUGCGCUCUCUCUGGAAUCCGCGCAAAGGUCAUGAUUGUUGUUGCGAUCUUGGUCAUGGUCGCCUACCACGUCCUUGAGUUCUAUGUUACCACGCAGCUUCACCUCAUUAUGGUGCCGAUGAACGGCCUCUCCGUCUGCAUCCCAGUGUUCCCGGAUGUGACGGCUAUUCCUCUCAGAAACGCUGCUAUUCUAUGCACAAUCAGCGAUUUCUUCCUCGGGCUUUUGUAUGCAUAUGAAAUCACCAAAAACCUCAACAGGAGUCGCAUGCUCACGGCCCCGACCGCCGCCCAUACCAAGCUGACCAAUCUCAAGAUCCGAGGCUCCAUUGCCACAAUCUUGAUCAUGGUCAUCCGUGUCAUGGACGCCAACGUUCGCAAUAUUGCUGGCGACUACAUUAUGCUGCCCAUCCUCAUCGACCACGCCGCCAUGUCCUGCUUGGCGGUGUUUUCGGUCUACUCCGAAGACACGCCCUCGAGCGACUCAACUCAUUCAUCUGGAACUGGAAGCACCGUUACUGCCACUACCAUAAAGGGCGCUCCGUCCCCCGCCCCAUCGCCAGGCCCCAAGAGAGGCUCGAUGAGAAUCCCAAACUCCAACUCUCACCAGCUCACCGAGGUCUCAAUCCACUCAAUCUCCAACACAACUGCCAACCCUUAG